CACCACCAAACAACAACCAAAUUCACCAACAAGCGAUGAUCAAAAGUACUAACAAACGACAACGAAAAGCACCACCAAAUAAUGAUCAAAAGCACCAACAAACGACGAUGAAAAGCACCAACAAAUGA